AAUUUCUUCUUCACAUAUCCUCAUUUCAUCACUAUAAACCCUACCUCUCUCGCCUGCUAUGGCGUUAUCACUUCUUCGAGCUAUGGCUUCCGCCUCCCCCUCUGCCUCCGCCUACACCGCUCGCCUCUCCCUUCUUCAAAGGCGUCUCUUCUCCUCCUCAUCUACUCUUACACAUCCUCCUUCACUCCCUUCUCUCACUCUCUGCCGUCGAUCUCUCCCUCCCCUUUCCCAUGCUGUUCGAUCUAUCCCUUCCGCCUCCAGGUUCACCUCGAUUCGUUGCCGCGUCAAUCGGUCUGGUAACUCGUCUUACUCUCCCCUUAAUUCUAAUUCCAACUUCAGUGAUCGUCCACCCACUGAGAUGGCACCUCUCUUCCCUGGCUGUGACUAUGAGCACUGGCUCAUUGUCAUGGACAAGCCUGGUGGUGAGGGUGCCACUAAGCAGCAGAUGAUUGAUUGCUAUAUUCAGACCCUCGCUAAAGUUGUUGGCAGUGAAGAAGAAGCGAAGAAGAAGAUUUAUAACGUUUCUUGUGAGAGGUAUUUUGGGUUUGGGUGUGAGCUCGAUGAAGAGACCUCCAACAAGCUCGAAGGCUUGCCAGGAGUUCUAUUUGUUCUUCCUGAUUCUUAUGUUGACCCUGAGUAUAAAGACUAUGGGGCUGAGUUGUUCGUGAAUGGAGAGAUUGUUCAAAGGCCACCAGAGAGACAGAGAAGGGUGGAACCACAGCCCCAGAGAGCUCAGGAUAGACCGAGAUAUAAUGACAGAACCCGCUAUGUGAGACGCCGAGAAAAUGCAAGGUGAUGCAUUUGAGACAUUGAGAAAAUGUGCAUAUAUGACUAAUGGGAAAGGGAAUCUGAAAUAUCUGGAAAGGCAAAUUGGAGAACUUGAGGAAUUUUAGAAACAUUAAACUGAAGUUAUUUGUUUGGUAGAAGAGUCAUGUUCAGUAGAUGUUAACUUUUGCCGAUGAACAUGGAUAAAUAUCUUUAUGGCGUUCCUAGUGAAUGUUUAUUGAGUUUGCUUAGUUCUGAACGUGUGCACAUUUGAAGUCUAAGCAAGAGCUAUGUGAGUGGACUUGUGGGCGUUUAGGGAAAGUUUGAUAUAGCCUUAUUCAAAGUCUUAGUACAAAGGCUUUCGACUUUUUUAGUUCUCUAAAAUUUGAUAUAAUCUAUAACCUUCGUGAAAAUUUAAUAACAAGCUUGGGAAGCUUUGCAAGUGACCCCUUGAUGUUGAAA